UCUUCUACUACAUUUGCCUGCUCGGUUCUACUCGCAGCCCCCCUCACACGGCACAGAUAAGUAAAGCUUUCAUUUUCCUGCUCUUGUUAUCCAUUUCCUUCACUUGUAAGUCACUGGUCCUUUCCCUCCAGAGAAGAACUAGAGCAGCUUCUAUGGGUUUUCCAUUCUUCCACCUUCUUCUGUUUCUCAUCUUCAACCCUUUUCUUCCUCCUCCUGUUUCUGGCCUCAAUGUCGAAGGCUUCUCGCUCCUUACCUUCAAGGGAUCCAUUACACAGGACCCUGAAGGCUCCAUGGCUAACUGGAACUCUUUUUCUCAGGACCCUUGUUCCUGGAAUGGUGUGACAUGUAAGGCUGGACAAGUUUUCUCCUUGAGCAUUCCUAAGAAGAAGCUUGUAGGUUCUAUCCAUCCUUCUCUAGGCUCUCUUCAAUCUCUAAGACACAUCAAUUUAAGGAAUAACAGGCUCUUUGGAUUUCUGCCACCGGAGAUUUUCUCUGCUGGGAAACUUCAAAGCUUGGUCCUUUUAGGUAAUUCCUUAACUGGGUCUCUUCCUUCUGAGAUUGGCGCUUCGUCUUACUUACAAGUUUUAGACCUUUCCCAUAAUUCUUUCUUCGGUUCCCUGCCUAAUUCAUUGUCCAACUGCACAAGGUUAAAGAUUCUUGAUUUGAAUAAUAACAAUUUUACGAAUUUUCUCCCCAUUGGCUUUGGAAGCAGUCUGCUUGCUCUUGAAAAGCUAGACCUUUCUUAUAAUAAAUUCAAUGGCUCCAUACCUGCUGACAUCGGGAAUCUCUCAAACCUCCAAGGAACUGCUGAUUUCUCCCAUAAUCUGUUUUCUGGGCUGAUUCCAGAGAGCCUCGGCCAUCUUCCUGAGAAGGUUUAUAUAGAUCUGACAUACAACAAUCUAAGCGGCCCAAUACCACAGAAUGGCGCUUUAGAGAAUAGAGGACCAACUGCCUUUAUUGGAAAUCCCGGCCUGUGUGGCCCUCCUUUGAAGAACCCAUGCUCCUCUUCUGAUCCUUUUCUUCCCAAGGAAAUCACUACUUCUCCUCCCAACCAAAUGGGCUAUAACUCAAUCAAAAAUGGCGAUAGAAGAAGUAGGCUGUCCUUCAGCCAAACAGCUGCAUUAGUUGUGAGCGAUGUGGUUGGGAUUUGUUUGAUUGCGCUGGUGUUCUUCUACUGUUAUUGGAGGGCGAUGGCUUCAAAAAAGAAUCAAAGUUCUGCCAUUUCUGACAAAGAAGUUUCAAAGACGAAGAAGGAAUGCAUUUGCUUUAGCAAGGAUGAAUCCGACACAAUAUCUGAGAAUGUAGAGCUUCUCGAUCUCGUGUCAUUGGAUCCUCAAAUGAGUUUAAGAUUGGACGAGCUCUUAAAAGCUUCGGCCUUUGUGCUCGGCAAGAGUGGGAUUGGAAUUGUGUACAAGGUUGCAUUAGAUGAUGGCUUAAUUCUAGCCGUUAGAAGAUUGGGAGAUGGAGGUUUGCAGAGGUUUGGUGAGUUUAAGGCUGAAAUAGAAGCUAUUGGGAAGGUGAAGCAUCCUAAUAUUAUUGGUUUGAGAGCCUAUUAUUGGUCGGUAGAGGAGAAAUUGCUUGUUUAUGAUUAUAUACCGAAUGGCAAGCUUUCUUCGGCAAUUCACGGCAUGUCCUCAAGCUUUAGUUUUUAUUAUCCUGAUUGCCCUGGGCCUUCCCAGCCACUCACCUGGGAAAUAAGGCUAAAAAUCAUUAAAGGAAUAGCCAAGGCCUUGUCCUUCCUCCAUGAAUUUAGUCCAAAGAAGUUCAUACAUGGAAACCUCAGAACAAACAACAUACUUCUCGGUCAAAACAUGGAACCGUACAUCUCCGACUUCGGACUCAGCCGCCUCACAAUCCCCUCUGGUUCAUUCCCAUUAGCCCAACAAGAUAGAAUCACAGCAAAGAAGCAUAAAAAACAUAAAUUUGAAAUCUCUGCAAGCUCUGCCGCAUCAUGCUACCAAGCUCCUGAGGGUCUGAAAACCAUAAAACAAUCUCAGAAAUGGGAUGUUUACUCUUAUGGUGUCAUAUUGCUUGAACUGAUUUCUGGUAGAUCUCCAGUCGUUCUGCUGGAGACAUCAGAGAUGGAUUUAGUGCAGUGGGUUCAGUUCUGCAUUGAAGAAAAAAAGCCGCUUUGUGACAUACUGGAUCCUUUCCUGGCUCGCGAGCCUAUGAGAUUGUAUUUAUGUUUUGUAAUCUUCAAUUGA